AUGGACAGGUUCGACGUCAUCAACUUUGCCGACCUCUCCGGCCCCAACGGCGGCGACUGGGUCCGCAUCGGCGGUGGCAGCUUCGGCGUCGUCUUCAAGGGCGAAUACCUCGGAACAGAAGUUGCCAUCAAAGAGGUCCUCCCAAACAACACCUACGACGUCGAAAAGUACUUUGAGCGCGAAUGCGUCCUCAUGAAGGAGGCUCGCCACCCCAACAUCGUCCAGUACAUCGGCCUCACAAAAAGCCCAGGCCCCGACGGCAGGAUCUACAUCAUCUCGGAAUUCGUCGGCGCCAACGUCCGCUCCUACAUCGCAGAUCACUCCAAGCCCUUCCCAUGGCGCCUCCGCAUGAGCUUCGCCAUGGACAUGGCCAGAGCGCUCGCCUACCUCCACGCACGCAACUGCAUGCAUCGCGACCUCAAGGGCGAAAACCUCCUCAUCACCGCAAACGAGCGAAUCAAGGUCUGCGACUUUGGCUUUGCCCGCAUCGCCGCACGCAACGAAGACGAGAUGCGCAGAAUCAGCUACUGCGGCACCGACGGCUACAUGUCGCCCGAGAUCCUCCUCGGCGUCGACUUCAGCCUCCCCUCCGACGUCUUUUCCCUCGGCGUCAUCUUUGCCGAGAUCGCUUCGCGCCACCUCGUCGACUCGCACACCUUCAAGCGCACCAUGCCCAGCUUCGGCCUCGACGCAGACGAGGUGCGCGAAAUGGCUUCCGAAGGCUGCCCUCCCGCCUUCAUCCAGCUCGCCCUCGACUGUGUCGAAGAGGACCCUCGCGACCGUCCCGAGAUGCGCCAGGUCGUCUCGAGGCUCCGCGACAUUGAGCGCGAGGUGCUCCUGCGCGAAGAAGCCGAAAACCGCUACGCCAUCGGAAGCGUCCGAGGCGCCACCAUCCAGUCCAUCAUGGGCACAAAACUCAAGCGCGCCGCUCCUCCACGCCUCCCAAGCUUCAACGGCGCCCUCAAGCUCGGCAGCCGCUCCCAUCCCGGCUCAGACGACAGCGGCGACGAGAUCGAAGAGGCGCUAGCCGCGCUCGAAAAGAUCGGCGUCGACCCCGACGAUGCCAGGUCGCCCGGCACCAUCAAGGGCUCCAACCCGAGCACCCUCAAGGUCUCGGGCCACGGCAACCCAUGGUGGAGCGACGAUGCCACCGAGGGGCUUCCCAGCAUCAACCGCAGCUGGCUCGCCUCGCCCGGCGCCGCCGCCGAGCGCAUUCGCCAGGAAUCCGAGGCGGCUCUGCUCGACAAUGCCGACUACGCCGAGAGCGACUACAGCACCUCGGUCGUGCGCUCCUCCAAAAUGACCCAGCGACAUGCGCCGCUGGCCAUGCUCGACGAACGCGCAUCCACGCUCUCGGUUCGCACGCUGCGUCAGAGCGACUCGCCGCUCCUCAUCCCGGCGCGCAGAGGCUCCGCCGACGCAUCGGCCAUGCAGUCGUUCAUGACCGCACGCACGCACCGUCCCGACCCGUCCAUGGCGCUCGCCACCAUCGCUUCGGUCAGCUCCGGCGUGAUCGAGCCCGUUCCGAUUUGCCAUCGAUUCACGCUCGUCAAGAACGGCACGCGCCGACCAGCCUCGGUCACUGCAGCGGCGCAGCAGGCGGUCUCGGGCUCGAGCCACCAGCACGCCAGCGCCUACCCGAGCCUGCUCCCACCCGCUGUCAUGCUUGCUAACGCCCUCGCCAAGUGCUGGGUGUGCGGCAAGCGUAUCGGCUGGAAGCCCUUUAUGGACUGCGAUGACUGCCCCUACAAAACACACGUCGCUUGUGCCGAGCUCGCGCCACCCACGUGCCAGGACGUCACCAUCCCGCUCGCUCCGGGCGGCAGCAGCGUCCAGCCCGUGCUGUCGCCGCACAAUGCCUCGCGCCGCAACUCCAAGGCCACCGACGUGGGCGACCAGCGCGAGAUCUCGGCGGCUGCAGCCGCGCUCCGCCGCGCGUCGCUCAAGGACGACACGGACGACCCAGCGUCGCCGGCGAUGGCCAAGCCAAAGACCAAGAAGAAGCUCUUUGGCGGCUCGGCGGUGAACAAGAGCGCCGUCCGGGCUUGA